CGGCGGGAGUGAGGGGGAGGGCGCCAGAGCUCUGCGGCGCCCUGCUUGGUCUCUGCCGGCUGGCGGUGGCUCCGGGUUCCCCUGCGCUGGUGCUCACCGUCUCAGUCUCUCCGCCCGCCCUCGCUCCCGCUCCCGAGCGCGGAGGCGAGCCGUAGCCCGGCGCGGCGGUGGGCGUGUGCGCGCUGAAGGACGCCUCCUCUCGCUCCCGUGUUGCAGGCGGCGGCUGGCGGCUCCGGCUCGGGCAGCAGCGGCGGCUUCCGGAGUCCCGCGGCGAAGAUGCUGAAAGUCACGGUGCCCUCCUGUUCCUCGUCCUGCUCCUCGGUCACCGCCAAUGCCCCAGGGUCUGGGAACCUCGUCCCGGAUUACUGGAUCGACGGCUCCAACCGGGAUGCUCUGAGCAAUUUCUUCGAGGUGGAGUCAGAGCUGGGACGGGGUGCUACAUCCAUUGUGUACAGAUGCAAACAGAAGGGGACCCAGAAGCCCUAUGCUCUCAAAGUGUUAAAGAAAACAGUGGACAAAAAGAUUGUCAGAACUGAGAUAGGAGUUCUGCUGCGCCUGUCACACCCGAACAUCAUAAAACUUAAGGAAAUAUUUGAAACGCCCAUGGAAAUCAGUCUGGUCCUUGAGCUCGUCACGGGAGGAGAGCUGUUUGACAGGAUUGUGGAAAAGGGAUAUUACAGCGAGCGUGAUGCUGCGGACGCUGUGAAGCAAAUCCUGGAGGCUGUGGCUUACCUGCAUGAAAAUGGGAUUGUCCAUCGUGAUCUCAAACCAGAGAAUCUUCUCUAUGCAACUCCAGCCCCAGAUGCACCUCUCAAAAUUGCUGAUUUUGGACUUUCUAAAAUUGUGGAACACCAAGUGCUCAUGAAGACAGUGUGUGGAACCCCGGGGUACUGCGCACCUGAGAUUCUCCGAGGCUGUGCCUAUGGACCGGAAGUGGACAUGUGGUCUGUAGGAAUAAUCACCUACAUCUUACUUUGUGGAUUUGAACCGUUCUAUGACGAAAGAGGCGACCAGUUCAUGUUCAGGAGAAUUCUGAAUUGUGAAUAUUACUUUAUCUCCCCCUGGUGGGAUGAAGUAUCUCUAAAUGCCAAGGACUUGGUCAGAAAACUAAUUGUUUUGGAUCCCAAGAAACGACUGACUACGUUUCAAGCCCUCCAGCACCCGUGGGUCACAGGAAAAGCAGCCAACUUUGUGCACAUGGACACGGCUCAGAAGAAGCUCCAAGAAUUCAAUGCUCGGCGCAAGCUUAAGGCAGCAGUGAAGGCUGUGGUGGCCUCUUCUCGACUGGGAAGUGCCAGCAGCAGCAGCCACAGCAGCAUCCAGGAGAGCCACAAGGCCAGCCCAGAUCCAUCUUCAACCGAGGAUGUUACUGAUAGCACAGCUGUUCUGGGAAAGAAGAUGCAAGGAGACCAGGUGGCUGCUGAGGGCACAGCAGCUGAGAUGACAAUGCUGCAGGCCGAGGGGCAGGAGAAGGAUGCAGGUGGGAAAAACAAGGAGGUCUCCAGGAUGGUGAUUCAGGCGCUGGAGGAUGGGUUGAAGACACGUGACCCCACAAUGAAGAGGCGCUCGGUGGAGAAGCUGAAGACUGUGGGGGAAGAAAUGGACCCCAAAGCUGAGGAGGAAAGCCCUGCUGCAGAAGCGCAGGAUGUGAUUCUGCCAGAGUACUAAUCUGGCUUCCUUUAGGUUCAGAGACCAAGGCAAACAUUUGAUGUACUUUGUCCUUCAGCAAGGAAGGUGGGGGAGCAUGACAUGCACUAUUGUGAUUCUGUUUUGAGGUGCAAAAAAAACCCCAUAUAUACCAGUUGGUAAUCCUAAUUUCAGUGCAUGUGUUUGCUUUAUGAAACAAUGCUGUCUUCUACGGCAUGUAGUGUAGACAUGAGCCCCAUGAGUUAAAUUUGGAGUUUCCAGCAAACAGCACAACACUUUAAAACAAAAGUUCUUAGCCUUUUGGUGGCAUAUAUUUGAAGUGAAAUGGAAAACUAAUUUUUCUUUGAAAGCUUAGGCAUCCCAUACCUCCCAGAAGUCUUCAGAGGUGGCAAUUCCUUUGACCUCAACUCAAAUAAAGACACAUUCCCAUGACUUUCUGAACACUUCCCGUGGGUUCAGCUUGACAUAUAAAAGAUACCUGUAGAGUGGCCAAAACCAUCUGCCACGCUGAGACAUCAAAGCAUGAUGUCUUAGACCACGAGCCCACAGCCCCCUUAAGAGUGUGUAAAGAAUGUCUCAUUUUAUUAAGUAUGCUAUAUAAGAAUUUCCAAAACAUUCAUCAUAAAAUUCUGCCAGUUUACAAUUCUUAGGAUAAUAUUAAACUGUGGUGUUUCUUUCCUUCACCUGCUUUUCACUAAAAUGCCCCAUCAGAUGUAUUAAACCUAGGUAAAAAUAAAGAAAUUUAAGUAUAAUGAUAUAUAAUUUAAACUUAGACAUACCAAGAUUAAUUCCUUUUUACUUUUCAUAUAAAUUUGCAUUUGUAAGCUUAUAUAAUAUUUUGCGUAUAAGAACAUUUUUGUGGAUAUACUCUGCAAAUAACAAGUUUCAAGUUCUGGAAAAGCCCAUUUCAGAAAUUGGUGCCAAAAUGUCUGAAUAUAAUAAGAACAAUGCAUUCCAUUGUUAUAUAACUUAUUGCUGAUGUUGUUACAGUAAGAAAAUGUCUGCAGGAGGAUUCUCCCCUCCAGCUGUGUAGACAUUCUGUUCAUGAGUUCAAAAUUCACUAUAACAACUAGUGUCUUUUUUCCUUACAUAGAUGGAAAGAGGGCAUAUUUUAUGAUGAAGAAACUUUCCAUAUCAAGAAAUUCAUAUUGUCUUAAAAAUAAGCAAAAACAAAAAUAAAGUGAAAACAAACCUUAAAACAGACUUCGGGGAGGAUAAAGCAUUAGACCUUAAUUAGCAUGAUACUUUUUUCCUCAGGAUUUCUUUGUUUCAUAGAUAUUACACUAAAUGCAGUAUCAAGUUUCUUGAGUGAAAAUGACCACUUUAUUAAAACAAUUGCUUUACAUUUUUGGUGGGUUUUCUUAAAUUAUAAACAGUAUGACUUCCAAAAUACAAAAUGAGGGCAAAAAAAUGAGCAGCACAGAUUUUUUUUUCCAUAAAAUAAUAACUUAAUUUGUUCUGGCUCACAUACAAGCAUUUGCACUGGGAAAUUACAUUAGAUCUGGGGCCUCUCCAGGCUGUUGGGGGCAUCAGCGCUUACACAGAGCUCCAGCAGUCCUGGGGAAGGAGACAAUGGGGGGCUUCUUGUAGUCUGUGAUUUGGGUCCUUGACAGGUGGGUUACUUGAGGUUCAUUAUCUGAGCUUCGGUGAUUAUUAUUCAAUUGAUUUUAAUUAGUAUUUACGCUCUCAUUUUACUUCUCCCCUCUUUAAUCUCCCUCAGAACUCUCCUUUCGAGUGUCAUAAAGGGCUAUUUUAACCUUUAAGAAGGCUUUCUUAAGACUUCCAUUUAAGAAGAACAAUUUCCUAGUGUGAUUUUCCUCAUCAGACUUAACAUAUGUAUGGCAAGUGUUCCAUAUUUGGAAAGAGUAAGGGUCUUGAUAGAAGGUGUAAUUAGACUAUCAGAACACAUAUAGCAUCACUCAGCCCCAGUCCAGGUCUGUCUUCAUUCCAACAUGGCCUGAACGCUUUGGAUGACCCUGUGAGCUUUAAGAAGAGCAUUACAUAUGCCAAGCCCUUGAGUGUUUUAGAAUUCAGUCAUUUAAAUGAUUGCACCUUACCCCUUCUUGGUGAUACUCAAGAGUGUUAGGCUAAUUCUUCCUCUUUUGCAACCUAUAUACUUUAUUAGCUAAGUAUCACUAGCACCUUUCUGUUGUAACUUGUAUGCUAAAGAUGGUCCUCAUGCUUCCAAAGAACUAAGUCCAUUCACGAGGAAACAAGUCAAAUAUUUCAGUCAAAUCAUGCAAACGUUUAAUAGAAAUAUCAUCUAAGAAUAAUUGUUUUACACAGUCAACAUUUAUAUUGCUUGUUAAGAUUAAAUAUCUAUCUGAAAGAUUAUUGGAACUAAAGGAAUACAAUCUUAAUUUGAAAGAACACUUUCUAAUAUCACUCUUAGUUUAUAGUGUAGUCACAAAACUAAGUAAUUUUUAAAAUUUCAGCAAAGAAAGACUAAAUUAAAAUUUGCAUUUAAAAGAUGACAGCUACAAGGUGGGAAGUGGUGGUACAUGCCUUUGAUCCCAGAACUCAGGAGGCAGAGGCAGAUGGAUCUCUGGGUCUGAGGCCAGUCGGGUUUACAGAGCAAGCUCCAGGACAGCUAGUGCUACAUAGAGAAAUUACCUCGAGAAGUCCAAAACAGAGAGAGAGAGAGAAUGAGGAGAGACAUAGAGAAAAAGAGACGGAGACAGAGAGGACAGUUAAAUUCAUUAUUGGUUUUUAUUUCAGGAAGUUUAAGUGCAUAGCAUAAUUUGGUUCUUUUAUCAUAGAGGACAAUCUUCAAUUAUUUCCCCCACUCAGAAAGUCUAACUAUGGCUCCAGUGGGUUUCUCAAACUGUUAGCUCUUUGUACAAUAGCAUAAAAAUAAGAGAUUAGAACAGAAUAGUUUUAAAAUUAUCGUCUAUAAUAAGUGCUUAUAUUAACAAGUUUAAUGUAAAUAUAAGCUAUACAUGUAACAGAAAAAUUCUGAGACAAGGUUUUAUUUAUCCAAGGCUGGUCUUGAACUCACUAUGUAGCCCAGACUGAUCUCAAACUCACAGUGAUCCUCCUGCCAGUGUCCCAAGAUCUGAGGUUACAGGCAUGUGCCCCCACUCCCACAGCUAUACAGGCAUCUUUAAAUUUUCUAUUAGCUACAUGCUAAAAAGAAAAUAUGAAAUUAUGAUAGUACAUUUUAAUCCAGUAUACACAAAUUAUUACAUCAAAAUUAAAAUUAACGAGAUCAUCUGAGUCACUUUUAUUCUGUUUCUAAAUUAGCAGUCUAAGCCUGUUUACAUCAGGUGGUCAGGAGCCACACUAUGGUGGACACACAGGUCUAAUCUACAACACUUUUCUUUUGAGCAAAGUGAGACUUGACUUUCUAUGGUUAGAUGUGAGCUGACAUUUCCACAUUGCUAGGUUGGUCAGCACCUAAGAUGCUGAUGUUACAGACAUAAAUUCCGAAACAUGUAUCAGGCUACUCCUGAACAUACUUUGUCUUGAGAAGUGUUCCGCAAGCUUACAUCAAAGCAACACUUCCUUAGGCAUUGCCAAAUUGUGUGUGUGUGUGUGUGUGUGUUUGUGUGUGUGUGUGUGUGUGUGUGUGUGUGUGUGUGUGUGUACUGCCCCAGAGUCCAUCUGGCUUGGGAAUCCUGACUGCAUCUAGAGUCUCCUGAGUACUUCCAUAAAAUCAACAGUAUUCUCACUUAGCAGAAACUACUGUGGCCCCCGUGGCCCCCCACUGAGCAGUCUGUACACAGAAUCCAUUCUCUACACAUCAGGCUAAGUUGGACAUCCUCUUGUUGGAGGCAAUCUUUCUAGAAGCCUCCUGAGAAAUACAUUUGCAUGACGGACAUGUUAUGAGGUGGUGAUUGAUAUGCCAGAUACCCACAAAUGUCCCAGGAUGUGGUCACAGCUCGCACUUGUGGGGUUCUGGCAGAAGGGCCUGAUUAACGCUGUCACUGAACAGACUUUUUAAAAACUUUUGGAAUUUUUUUUUACAUACUGAUUUUAGAAUAAUUGUCAAUAUCCUGUGGUCAUUUUCAGAUUUAUAAAGAAGCAGCUUGCCUUCUAAAGAGACCUCACCUGCAUACAUUUGACAUUUCGUACUGUAGAAUGUUCGGCCUUUUUUCACUGGCUCUUCCCAGUAUUUUAUGCAAGGUUGCUCAUCGGGAGCUGCCUCCAGGUUGAAGCUUCGAGAGCCAUUUUUUUUUUUCAUGAUUCAGUUUUUAUUGCACAGGAGCAGCUGGCUGCAGUUUAGAUUGGAAAGAAGAAAAGAAAUGGCAGAAAAGACAAAGGACUUCUUUAGGAUCUUAGGAUUGUUCUCACAAAGCCAAUAAAGGCCUUUUAGAAGAGGCCAUGUAAGUGAAUUAGCAUCGGGCUCACAUACAGCACAGCCAAGUGCAUAAUCAGAAUACCAUUGUGCAAUCUGCUCAUCUCUGCAGAGUACUCAGUCUGGGUGUCUACGUUUGAGACAGCAUAAAGUUUCCGGACAUUAAUUUAUGUAAUGAGAGUUGUAAUGUCUUUGUAAUUACUGUCCAUUAGGUCAUAUUCCAAUUUCCUCAAUGUUUAUCAGAUACAUUACUGAGCAGGGUCAUUGCUGACAUCUGAGCACUUACCAGUUGAACACUGAAGAUUAGACUGUGUCUGCAGUGGUGGCUUUUUGUUUGUUUCUAACAUGAAAUAUAAUUUUUACUUUGGUAUUUAUAGUCAGAUGAUGAAAAUGGACAAAAUUUUCUACUUAAAAAUUUUGUCAUCUUACUUUCUUAUAAAAAGGUGGCUCUCUAGUUCCUUGAAAGUGAAGUUAAGAUAGAGGAGGGAGGGAGAAAGGGAAGAGGGAGGAGGGUGGGAGAGAUAGUGGGGCGGAGACACACAUAUUAGUUACACACCCAGUGUUGCCAUGGUAAGUUCACUUCUUUCCAUAUAAGGACACACUUUUGUCAUUAUUACUUUGUGAAGAUCACCUGAGAUCAAGCAGUGUAGAGCCAGUUCAAGCAUUAUACUUACCUUGGAAAGGAGUAGCAAACAACUUCUGAUUAGUUAUAUCAGUUUUCAUAAAUGAUCUGUGAUGUAUUUGGAAAGGGCUUGACUCCGUCUGUUCCCAAGAAUCUGCCCAAUUCCACUUAGGGCAAGGUCAAAAGCUUGCCAGGAAACCAGUCUGACUUUUGCAGGAACUCGUUUCAAAGAAGAGCCCCAGCAUCUGACCAAGUUAGACUCAGAUCUCCUCCCAUGCUCCAAAGGACUGAAAGUGGUCUCUUUAAAAUUAUAUUGCUCUUGGCCAAUGAUAGGAAAAUGGGAUUCUGCCAACCACAGUUCUUUGCAUUGCUUUACCCCCAGCUUGUCCCAAUGCAAUGUUUUGCUCUAUUUGCCCUAACAAUCAGUCUCACUUUGGAGGUUUUCUAAGGUUCUGGCAGGAACAUUCCAGUCUAGCUAGAGAAACAGGUUUUCAUUGCCCCAUAGUUCAAAUUGAAGCGCUAAUGAGCAAUUCUAAGAAUACAAAAUCACAUUGUUCAUAAUUGUUUUCAAUAUACUCUGAGGAUUGACCUGAAAGACCCAUAGAUAUAGAAUAGUUAUAUUCAGUCUGAUCUUUGCUUUGGAUCAUUGUGUUCAAAAGGACAGAUAUUUAAUCUUCCUUCAGAUUGAAUAUUUUCCACCUAAAAUAUUACUUCAAGAUAUUCAGAUGCAAUAGGCUUCACCUUUUUGAAAGCUAUUUCCUGAAGCUAUCUCCAAAUUCUGAUAGUUAUGGAUGAUAAAAAGUCUCUAGAUGUGUGAUGUCUUCAUAUCUUUGAAACAAGUAUUAUUGUAUAUUUUAUAAAGGACACAAGUAUGACCAUAAUUUGAAAAUUAUCAUCUCCUAUGUGCCUGUCUCCUUUUAACUUGACCUAGUUUGUAUGCCUGUGCAACUAUGUGUUCAUCAGUGUAACUAAUACACAAUUUGUAUAGGAUCCUAAAUAGCAUAUUCAUGGUUAAUCUUCUGCUCAGUGCAGUCUUAGCUUCAGCAAUAUCUUUAAGACCAUCUGUAAACCGAGAGAAGGUUCUAGCGUCUCCUAAAUUUUCAGUUCUUUGGUUGAAAUGACAUAAGAGUAGUCUGUCAUUCUAUGUCCAACAGAUCUUGCUGUUCCCUCUCAUGAGCCUGAUGAGUGGGAACCGUGACUUGAGUGCAGACAAAUCCAACAAAUGAAAGUUACAAACAAAAUGAUUAUCAAGCUGUUUGAAGAUUCUUAACCAGCUUGGAUACCAAUCAUUUUCAUCUCUGGUCUAUGAGAUACGCGUAUGUAUCUCAAUACACACUGUGUGUGUGUGUGUGUGUGUGUGUGUGUGUGUGUGUGUGUGUGUGUGAGAUAAACACCAAAAACAAUGUGAAGAGGAAAGAGCUUAUUUCAUCUUAGAGGUGACAGUCCAUCAUCAUUCAGAACUCCAUGGCAGGAACCUGGAGGCAGAAUGUGGAACAGAAAGCACGGAGGAUCACUGUUCACUGGCUUGCUUCGCCCAUCUGCUCAGCUCUGAUACCCCAUCGCACCCCCCACCUCCAGAUAGGACUGUCCACUGUGGGCUGGGCCCUCCUGCAUCAAUUAGUAAUCAAGGAAAUGCUGAACAGGCCUGCCCAAAGGUCAUCUGAUCAAGGCAAUCUCUAAUUGAGACUCCUUCAUAUCACUUGAGGAUACUUCAAGUUGACACCUGAAGCUAACUAGAACUAUUUCCCCACGCUUCUCCAUGGAACUGAAUUUAAAUCUCCCAAGAAGAGACUUCAGGAUUCAGGCAAACUAUGACUUAAAGAGCAAAUCUUAAUUUAGGGCUUCGAUUACUAUCUUAACUCAAACCAUUUUAUUGUAACAGUCAGACUCAUUUGUGGAUUUUUUGUUGUUUUUGUUUUGUCUGUUUGCAAGCUGCUAGAACAGCACUGAAUAUUUUCAAUAGAGACCACACAAUCUACAUCACUCAAAAUGUCUAUGUGGUCCUUUAUUAUUUAUUUUUUUAAAAAAGAUUUAUUUAUUAUGUAUACAACAUUCUCCCUCCAUGUAUGCCCACAUGCAAGAGGAGGGCGCCAGAUCUCAUUACAGAUGGUUGUGAGCCACCAUGUGGUUGCUGGGAAUUGAACUCAGGACCCCUGGAAGAGCAGCCAGUGCUCUUAACCACUGAGCCAUCUGUCCACUUCCUAUCUGGUCCUUUAUAAGAGAAAUAGGACAACUCAUUUUCAUUGCUCAUGCCUCAUGCUCUGUGAUUACUUUAGGAAUCCAUGUUACAAAACUAGCAUUUUUACCUUAGUUACAGUUAUUUCUCGUAUUUGCUGUUUAGAGGUUAGGUGAGCUUUGUUUCAUAUUGCAAAUGGUCUCACAACAGUUGUGCAAGAGGUAUAAUUAAAAUUUCCAUGGGAACAAAAAUGCAAAGUUAUAUCAUCUCUGAAAAAGGAAAUUAGUAUGACAAGUUACAAGUAGAUUUCCAGUUGCUUGAACAUGGUUUAGAAACUUUAAACACAAUGUGAAUUAAACAACAACAAAAAAAACCCACAAAUAAUGUUCACUCACAUUUAAGCCAAACUGGAGUCCUGUUGCUUAGCAAGCUACAGAAUUUCUCAUAAUACAAUGAAAUAAUUUCUAGCAAUUGGAUUUUCAUUAACAAUUAGGGAAUAGUGUGCUAUUUUUAUGAAAAUAAAUUGCUCAUCAAUAGUUCAGAGCACAGAGAACUUUAAUAGCUACUUUCCUACACCCCAGUUCUCUGAAUAUUCUAGAUUUCAUGUGAAAAGAGCCUUCAGUACAUACUUUUCUAGCAAAUUUAGAAACCAAGAAGAACCCUUGAGUCUAUUUCUAUCUGGAAAAAUUACCCAUUCCAAAGUAUCUGCCUUAAGGGAACCAAGUAACCCCGCUAUGGAGGGAAAUUUAGGCACUUGUGGCUUGCUUCAGUUUGACUUCCUUCAUUUGUCACAAAUGAGAGACUGAAUAGGAAGCGAUUAUCAGCCCAUUGUUAGGAAUAUCAACCGUUACCAUAUGACGGAAUGGCAUAGUCUGUUCUUUUUUUUUUUUUUUUUUUUUUUUUGGUUUUUCGAGACAGGGUUUCUCUGUGGUUUUGGAGCCUGUCCUGGAACUAGCUCUUGUAGACCAGGGUGGUCUCGAACUCACAGAGAUCCGCCUGCCUCUGCCUCCCGAGUGCUGGGAUUAAAGGCGUGCGCCACCACCGCCCGGCGCAUAGUCUGUUCUUUAAACUGUCGCAGCAGUGGUAAGAUGAGCCAGCCACUGGGAAGUUACAGGAUGUGGGAACAAAAGACAUGAGUCAUCCUCUGGUUAGCACAGGCAGGGGACAUUGGAAGGAGAGGGGGCUGUACAUUCUUAUCUGUUCAUCUUCUAGAUGGCUCAAAGUUUGAAGCCAGUUAUUGAUAAACUUAAAACCUUAAAACAAUUCAAAAUCGAUAGCUACUUUUCUUCCUAGAAAUCAACAGCAUGGCUUAGAGGCUAUUUGGCCUUCAUGGAAAGCAAACUUUAAGGACGGGAUCACUAAUAGCAAAAGGCUCCCAGAAAUAGCCCAUUCCAGGAAUCCUUUUCUCACAGUGCAUGUUCACGGACGAGCCGUUACUUGUACUAGGAGUCAGACGUGAAUUAAGCUCAGUGCUACUCUUCAGCUGGAAAGAAAAGGCAAACGAUCACACAUAUCACCUAUACUGAAUACCUACAGACGGUAAAGCCCUCCCGGGCUGGACAGAGGAAAAUGGUCUCUUCUGCCAAGAAUGUACAAGGCUGAUUUUGAAAGGUCAGACCAACUCUGCAGUUAAGGAGGACAAAGGGGCCAUCUCUAAGGUUGGGGAGAAGGGUUGGCACUCGAUGAGAAAGGCUGAGGCACAGAGUGAAGUGUUGUGCAGGGUGCAGCAGUCUCAGAUCUAAGCUCUGGCUCUGGGCAGCUGCGGGUGAAGCUCUUCUCCAGAGCACCUGCCCUGCUACUUGGCCAGCCUCCUAGUCUAUCUCAGCAGGGUAAAAAUCCCCCGACAUAGCGAAUGCAUGCUUUUGUAAGGCUACGGCUAAUCUUCAAACUUCAAGUGGGUCCUGCCAGGUUCUUAAUUCUUCACUCUUUUGUCCAGUGUAUAUAAUCUACAAGUUUAUAAUUAUAAAACAGAUAAAAAUCGAAAGAUUUUAUUAUAUCUCUUAUUGGAGGAACUAUUUUUCCAUUCAUCUUCAAUACACUGUUUGUUUUUGUAAAUUACAAAUUAGAAUUAGAGUGUGAAUAUUCUGACUUGUGUAGCCUUGCUUAUUUCUGGUAAUGUCUGUGGUUAGUGAAUGGUUCCAUUUCUACAGGAUACAUGGAAUGAGAGACAGAGACUAGCAUCUGGGUAAUAGGGGGAAAUUAUGCUAUGAAGUAAAGAUAUUGUUAGGACACAGAAAACAGGUUAGUGGACACUGAGUAAGGACGACUUGGUAUGAGGGGUUUUCAGGUCUAGAUAGCAUUAUCUGGGAUGUCUUUUUGAGACUUUCUUAGAUGUCAAAUUUGCAUUGAUAAAAGACAUAUGCACCUUCAAUUACAGCAUGGAGAACAGAAUAGCAUCAUAUGCAAGAAAACAGAUUUCCUGUAGUCUAGAGCACAAGUCAUUAGCCCAAAAUGAGAGCAUGUAUGCAUUGGAGGAGAGAAUAAAUACCUUACCCAGCAAAGAUUAUGGUUGGCCUUUUCACUUUCUAAUAAAAAGUACUAAAAAAGAGCUGUGGACAUUUCAUUUUCUAAAUGUGUCAAAAUGGUGCUAUCGAUUCCUUAAUACAAAGACGCAACUCUACUAUUUUUAGGGAAGUGUGUUAAGUCUGGCUUGACUGUAAAUGUAAAUACAUAAAAUGUUUGCAAAGCAGUCAACAAAACCAUGCCCAUUUGCUAAUGGUGGAGGCACGGUGUCCUUCAGUAUGGGUGAACAGGGCAGCCAUUGGCUCUCUCUCUCUCAAUUGCCAAAUUCUAAGACAUCUGACAGCUCACUGGAUUCUUCUUGGAUGCAAGGUUGGACAAUCCAUUUCAGUGAUUAAAUGUGCUCACCUGAUGAUAGUCGGGGUGUUGGCCAAGACCUUGAAGAAGGAAUAUGGGACAUGAGUAGCGAGUGACUUAGGUGAGGACCAAUGUAACUGUGUAAGUUCACCCAGACCGCCGGAGCAUGCCAAAAGAAGCUAGCCAGUGCCUUGCAGCUAGCCAAUCUGUAAAGGAAUCUGCAUGUACAAUAUGAUAAUAAAUCAUGUAAGAGUCCACCAGAACUUUGCAUUCUGUUAUUUGAACGGUCAAGACACACCAUGGACAUUACCUGAGAACGGAGACGCACAACCGAAUCACCCUUCUCUCAGAUAAAACUGUACUUUCAAUACCAGCAUGCCCACAUCUUUUAUUUCCUAAAGAGUAAGAUUGUAAAAUUAAUAAAGCUAGAAAAGCACACAAAUAAUUAUUUCAUCCACUUAAGUCCAUUUUAUUUAAAGUGAAUGAACACAGCUAGGAAGUUAAUACUAAUGUUAGCUCAUGGUGGCUGAGAGGGGACAGUGGUGCUGCCCGCUGUUCAUAUGAAAACUGACUUUUCCUUACAAAGAUAUGAAAAUACAGAAAGUAAGAAAAAUACCCUAACAGUUGCCAAAAGUCAUUCUUUUCCUCUAGUGUUAAUUUUUACUUAAAAUUUUUCAAACCUUGUUGUAUCUGUCAUUAUAGAUAUUUUUAUGUUCACCACCAUUCCGCCCAAGAUUGUUCCUUUGUUGAGAAAAUGCCAAUACCCUAAACAAGGACUUCUCAGUUGAGGGUAUGGAGGGAAAAACUAGAGAAAAACAGGAACUCCUUCAGUAAAUCAAUGUGUUACCAAGACAACUUGACAUUCAUGUAUUAUUUUUACCUCACUGUGGUUUUGCAACCUCUAGACUUCCCUUAAUAAAGUCAGCUGCCCUAUACUUAAGAAAUUUUACCAAAGCAAAACAUUAACUAGGAUUAUAAUGUUCCAGGAGUGAAUACUAAUG